AUGAAACCCAUCAUCGCCAUCCCGGCGACCCUUGCCCUCGUGUACCGGGCGUACUCGCACAACUCGCUGACGCCAGCGGGCAUCGCGGCCGCGGCCAUCACCGCCGCCAUCCACGCCUACCACCCGUGGAACCUGCCGUUUGUGCUUCUCGUCGUCUUUUUCCUGGCGGGCACGCGCGUGACCAAGAUCAAAAAGGACGUCAAGGCGCAGCUCACCCUCAGCGCAUCGCACGGCGGCGGCGGCGAGGGGCCCCGCACCCACGUCCAGGUUCUGGCCAAUUCGGCCGUCGCCUCGGUCCUCAUCCUGUUGCACGUCUGGCAGAUUGAGCAGCGCAAGCAGACCGUCAUCUCUGGCGGCAUCCCCGAGGGCACCUUUUGCUACUCUUGGGCUACCGGCGAUAUCCUCGUCGUCGGCAUCAUCGCCAACUAUGCCGCCGUCGCUGCUGACACCUUUAGCUCCGAGCUGGGUAUCCUGUCCAAGAGCAAUCCUCGCCUCCUGACCUCGUGGAAUCUGAGAAAGGUCCCGCCCGGAACCAAUGGCGGCGUCACCCUCUGGGGCCUGGUGGCCGGUCUUCUGGGCAGCUUCGUCAUUGUCACGGCGUCCUUGGCAUUCCUGCCCAUGUGCAACGGCAAGACGACGGGCGCGUUGGCAGGCGGGCCAGCCUGGACCACGAGCCAAAAGACCACGUUUGCCUGGGGCUUGGUCAUUUGGGGCGCCCUAGGAUCGGUCCUGGACAGCUUGCUGGGCGGCUGGUUCCAGAGGAGCGUGCGCGACGUGCGGUCUGGCAAGAUUGUCGAGGGUGACGGCGGCGUUCGCGUCCUCACUUCGACGGUCGGAAACCCCAACUCGAGAGAGCACUUUAAGAAGACGGCCGAUGUCAAGGCGACCGUCCUCAAGGGCGAGGGCAAGGAUGCUGUGGAAAAGAUGGAUGACGCCUCUACUGCAAAGGAUCCUUACAACCCCCAGGAUACACACCGCACUUCAAACUUUGGCGACCAGAAGCCAACCCGAGUAGCGGAGAGCGGGUUUGACUUGCUGGACAACAAUGAUGUGAACUUCCUCAUGGCCUUGACGAUGAGUGUCGGGGCCAUGGGCCUAGCUGCUCUGUACUGGGACGUACCCCUAACGAGCAUACUCCGGGCGUAA